AUGGAUUUGUUAGAACAAGAUGAUCCAGAUUGGUUUCUUGUUAAAAUGAAGAAUGGUGACAUUGGUUUAGUACCUAGUAACUAUGUUCAAAAUGUGAAUGAGCAAUUUGAAGAAGCUCAUCAACAACAACAACAACAACAACAACAACAACAACAACCAGAAAUUCAUACUCCAGUUUCAUCUGUUGUAUCACAUCAGCCAUCAAUUCCUCCUCCUUCGGUUCAGCCUGUCUUAUCACAUACUACUGGUUCAACUACAACAGUAUCUCGAGAAGUGAUUCUUGAUAAUGCCCAGUCAUGGAAUGUUCAUGAAUACGAUCCAGCCAAGAAAAAAAGAAAGAAAGAUAAAGGUAGUUUAUUUAUUGGUAAUGGUAUGAUUUGUUAUGGUAGUGAGACGGAUAAAUCGUUACCCGUUCAACAAUACCCCAUUUUGGAUGUCACGAAAUAUCUUUAUGAUGGUAAAAACUUACAUAUUGAAGUGAAUGGUGGUUCUAAGAAUACAGUCUUUGAUUUUCAAGCUUCUUCCAAGUCUGAGGCAAAAGCUAUUUUGGCAAAGAUUGCAGACUCUGCAAGGGCUGCUCAAAUGUCUAAUAUACAUAUCACUCAUACACCUGAGAGACAAAUUGCUGCCCCUGCUUUUGCCAUCACAACACCACCAGAACCACCCGAGUCAGAGGAAGAAUCCAAUUGUGUCCCUAAAUGGGGUAUCUCUCUUUACUCAUUUGAAGCUGAAGGUGCUGAUGAGUUGACUGUAAAAGAGGAUGAGCAACUUUAUGUGUUGGAUUAUGAAAGAACAGACGGAUGGUGGCGUGUACAAAAAGUGAGCGGAGAAACCGGUCUCGUUCCUUCCUCUUAUAUUCAAUUCGAGGAUGGAGAAGAACAAAAGGAUAAAAAUGUCACUUCCGUACCUGCUAUUAGCUCUCUUCCUGAAAAUGUAGAAGAAAUGAGAAGAAAGCGUGAAGAAGAAGAACGUGCUCUGCAGGCAAAACGUAUCGCUGAAGAGCAAGCUCGGGAAGAACAAAGACGUAAAGAGGAAGAAAGAAGGAGACAAGAAAAAGAAGAAGAAGAAAGACGUCGUCGAGAGGAAGAAGAAGAAGAUCGUCGUCGUCGUCGUCAAGAAGAAGAACGGGAGAGACGUAGACAAGCUCACGAGGCAGCUAAACGUGCCGAAAUGGCUCGUCAAAAGCAAAUUGAAGAGGACUAUCGUCGGAAAGAAGCAGAACGUAAAGCUGCUAUUACCCGUUCGGCCUCUACAUCUAAAGCUCGUCAUCAAAAUCUUCCUAAACCUGAUUCUACAAAAAUCAGAACUUGGACAGAUCGCAGUGGUGCAUUUAAAGUGGAAGCACAAUUCAUUGAUCUUCAUAAUGGUAAAUUGAGACUUCACAAGUUAAAUGGCGUCAAGAUUGAUGUGCCGGUUGAAAAGAUGUCUGCUGAAGAUAUGCGUUGGGUUGAGAACCACAUGAAGCAUCCUUCAAAACAAGAAAACGAAGAAGAAAUAGCACCUACUAUGCCACCUCGUCCUCAGCAAUCGACUCAACAACAACAACAACCUCCACAAAAGAAAUAUAAUGAAAGAUGGGAUUGGUUUGAUUGGUUUAUGCUGAUUGGUAUUCCUAUGCAAUCUUCGCUUCAAUAUGCAUCUGCAUUUAAAGCUGAAAAAUUAGAUGAUAGUGAUAUACAGCAUUUGACGCAUAAACAAAUGAAAACAUUAGGUCUUAAAGAAGAACAUGUCCGACGUAUUGAAAGAUUCAUUGAGACUGGUAAACCUGAAGAUUUAACAGAGGAAGAAGAAGAAAGAAAGAGAAAGGAACAGGAGCAAUUAGAAAAAGAUGCAGAAUUAGCUAGAAAGCUACAAAAAGAAUGGAACAGCACUACAGAAUCAAUGAAUAGUAAUGCUUCCUCUAAUGUAAGACCUAAGCCGGCUGUUUCUGCACCUAAAGAUGUUCAUCCUGAUUUAUUAGACCUUAUUGGCUCUCAAUUGAGUAGUGAUAGUAAGGGAAAGGAACCUGAAAAGGCUAAAAGUGAUUUGCUCGGCUUUGGUGAUGAUGCAUGGACACCUCGUUCAAGUAACAGUGUUAUAGCUAAUUUAUCUCCGUUAAAACCUACACCUACUGCGUCUACUGAAAUGAAAGCCCUAGCACCUCCUGCACCUACUGGACCUACACCUGAAGAAAUUAAGGCUGCUGAAGCUGAACGUAAACGUAUUCAAGAGGAAGAACAAAUUCAAAAAAUCAAAUUAAUGAACUUGCAAAGACAAGCUAAAGAACAACAAGAACAGCUUGAGCAAUUGCAGAAGUUGACUCAACAACAGCUGGAACUUCAAAAGCAAUUAGCUAUGCAAACAGGUACUCAACAACAUCAAGCUCAGCAGCAAUUGAUGCAAAUUCAAGCUCAACAACACCAGCUUCAGCAACAACUUGCACAACAACCGCCUCAACUUCAACCCUCAUUUGCCCCUCAACCUACUGGUUUUGCUUCUCCAACGACUUCAGCUGCUCGUUCAAGACCUGUGCCUAAGAAUAACCUUUUCUCAGAUCCUACGCUUAAUCAAUGGCAGCCUAAUCAGUCACAACCACAACCACAACCACAGCCACAGCCACAGCCACAGCCACAGCCACAGCCACAGCCACAGCCACAGCCACAGCCAACAGGAUUACAAUCACAACCAGGUGGUUUGUUAAUCAACCAUGGACAGCCACAACAAAAUGCAUGGCAAACACUUCAACCUCAAAUGACGGGUUUCCCAACAUCUAAUAUGCCUAUGCUAGGAGGUUAUCAACAACAAGUAUCAGUUUCCUCGGUUCUCCCUCAACCUUUGACACCUUCUUCCGCUGCAGGACAGCAGGGUGAGUUUAAUCAAUUUGGAGGAGGUCUUCAAAGAGCAAAUACAAUUGGAGUUCAACCUACAGGUAGACAUUGGAAUAGUGCAACUCCUGAUAAUCCUUUUGGCUCUCCUUCUAUUUCACCAUUACAAGCACAAAUGACAGGUGCACAAUUCUCUACUCCUAAUCCACACAUAUUCAAUCAAAGUCCUUUGCAACCUCAGGCACAACCGACUAAUUAUAUGCAACCUCAAAUGACAGGCAUCCAACCUCAAGGAAAUAGUAUCUUUACUCCACAGGGAUCUAGUCAAUAUGCUCAGUCUGCCUUUCCUAACAAUCAACGCCCAUGGUAA